AUGAUCCUCAUUGCUAUUCCAAUCAGCAUUUUGGGAAUAGUUGGAAAUAUACUGGUUAUUUUAUUUCUUUCCUUUAAGAUUAAGAAGACCAGGUUCACUGUGUACGUCCUAAAUGUAACUAUUGCUGAUUUUAGUAUCCUAAUCUAUUUAUAUACUUAUUUUAUGCUAUUUUUAAAACCAAGUCUUGUCAGUACAUCUGUGUCCUAUGUAAUAGAGCUGAUAUAUGCAGUUGGAUCCACAUCCAGAUUGUAUAUAUUAACAGUUCUCUGCCUUGAAAGGUAUUUGUCUAUUUUUUUCUCUACUUGGUAUCAAUGUCAUCGGCCAGAACAUUUUUCCAUCUUUUUUGUGACUACACUCUGGACCUUUUCUGGCCUGGUAUCGCUUGUGGAAUACUUUGCUUGCUAUCCAAGAUUCUAUAUAUACUUGGAUGAAAAUACUUUACACUGCAGAAUCACAAAUCUAUUCCAAGUAUGUCUUCAGUUCCUGAUUUUUAUUCCCAUCAUGGUCUUUUCCACUUUGGCGAUUUUUAUCAGAAUGCAGAAAAAAAAACAGCAGACUCCUCCAGCAACACUUGAUCUCUCUCUUACAGCUACCGUUGUUCUUUUUCUUGUAUUUGAUGUAUCAGUUGAAAUUCUUAAUACUAUUGAAUUAUGGUUUGAUGCAGUACACGUACCAACAUUUUCAGUGGUGGUAUUAUUUGAUACCAUAAGCAGCAGUAUCAACCCUUUUAUGUAUUUUAUUAUUGGAGGCUUUCUGACAAGCUCCUUUGCUCCCCUUGAGUCUUUUCUUGAGAGAGCUUUGCAAGCUGAGGGAACACAGACACACCAAGAACAACUUCCCCAAUGA